AUGAAUCUAGGGAUUGUGUUGAUUAAUCCUGCAACUGAUGGCAUGGAUUUGACAUUUGAAGGUUUCAGUUCAAAGGAAAAAGGAAAUGAAACCAGAGACAGAGGGAAGCUGAGCGAAAAUAGACCUUCCCGAGUGAGGAGGGAGAGUGAGGAGGGAGCCCGGGUGGUGGUGGUGGUGGUAGGGAGACGAGACGCAGAGCCCCUGCCCACCCCCAGCCGGCUGCCCCCUCCCUGCCCACGGCGGCGAGCCGCGCGCUGCGACCCGGGGCGAAGGUGCGAGGGACGCGGGGCACCAGGCGGCGCGCACGAUCCCCGCGGGUGGCGCGGAGCAGGCGACAGAGCGCGAGCGGGACCGGGCGGCGGCGGUGGUGGCGGCGAAGGCAGGACCAGGAUGGAAGGCUGCGCGCCCCGGCCCCAUCUUCGGCCGCGGCGCGCCCGCAGCCCGGUGAUUCGCUCUAUCUCUUUGGCGUUUGAAGGGAGCGCGGUGACUGUCCUUGAGCGCGGAGGGGCGAGCUCGCCUCGAGAGCGCCGGACCAAGAAGAGGCGCAGGAGCAGCGGCAGCUGCAGCAGUAACAGCCGAGCACCCGAGGCGGUCCGAGCCCCAGUAGCCGGCCAGUCCCGAGCCACAAAAGGAGCGCCCCCGCCACCCGGCACGCCGCCUCCCUCCCCAAUGUCCUCGGCCAUAGAGAGGAAGAGCCUGGACCCGUCUGAGGAGCCAGUGGAUGAGGUGCUGCAGAUCCCCCCAUCCCUGCUGACAUGUGGUGGCUGCCAGCAAAACAUCGGGGACCGCUACUUCCUGAAGGCCAUAGACCAAUACUGGCACGAGGACUGCCUCAGCUGCGACCUGUGUGGGUGCCGGCUAGGUGAGGUGGGACGGCGCCUCUACUACAAGCUGGGCCGGAAGCUCUGCCGAAGAGACUACCUCAGACUUUUUGGUCAAGAUGGUCUCUGUGCAUCCUGUGACAAGCGGAUCCGUGCCUAUGAGAUGACAAUGCGAGUGAAAGACAAAGUAUACCACCUGGAAUGUUUCAAAUGUGCUGCCUGUCAGAAGCAUUUCUGUGUAGGCGACAGAUACCUUCUCAUCAACUCCGACAUAGUGUGUGAACAGGACAUCUACGAGUGGACUAAGAUCAAUGGAAUGAUAUAG